UCACCCCUCACCGCGAUGAUCCGUCCCCGCUGCCGCGGCCGCCCGGAAGCGCCGCGCUCCGCCCGCCCCAUCCGGCGCCUCCGUGACGGCACAGCGGCCGCCGGGGCCGCGCCGCCACCGGCGCCACAGCCCGGCCGUACCGGGACGAGCCGGGUGGUGCUCCCCGGCCCCGCUCCCCGGCCCCGCUCCCUGCGGGGCAGAAUGGCUUCGGUUGAAAGGGAGGCGCUGUCCCAAGAGGAGCUCCGGAAAAGACUGUAUCAGACUUUUAAGAGCCGAGGUGUGCUGGACACACUUAAGACGCAGCUCCGAAACCAGCUCAUCCAUGAACUGAUGCACCCAAUUUUGAGCGGAGAACUUCAGCCACAGGCGGUUCCAAGCGAUGACAGUUCACUUUUGAUCACAGCUUCCAACAGUCUGGUGGCAGAUCAUCUACAGAGAUGUGGCUACGAGUAUUCGCUUUCAGUUUUCUUUCCAGAAAGUGGAUUGGAGAAGAAGAAGCUGUGGACUAUGCAAGACCUUCUUCACUUAAUGAGGAUCAGUCCAAAGUCCAGUCUUUACAAAUCACUGACUUCAGGAACCCAGAAGGAAAAUAAAGGUUUUCUUAUGCAGAUUUUAAUCGGACUUACAGAGCAUCAUCUAUAUAAGGAAACUCAUAACACAGAAACUCAGACAACCUCAGUGCCUCCUUAUAGAGAAUCUCUUGCUGAGAAGCUUCAGCUGAUUGAUGAGCAGUUUGCAGACUCUUAUCCCCAGCAUCAGAAAUAUGAAUCUUUAGAAGUAAAACUUCAUGAAUAUAGAAAAGAAAUAGAGAAGCAGCUUCAAGCAGAAAUGCAUCAAAAGCUGGAACACUUUAAAGAAGUUGAAAUAGCAAAAAUUAAAAUGGAGGAGAAAGUGCAGACCCAGAAAGAAAUCUCUGAGUUGCGUCACGAGUUAGAGAAGACACAUCAAGCAAAGUCUGAAGCCUUGAUUUCUCGUGAAAAGAAUGCUAUUGAGAGGCUUCAAAAGCAACAAGAGAUAGAAGCAAAGGAAGUGUACGCUCAGAGACAAAGUCUGCUGAAAGAUAUCGAAGCCGUAAGAACCAGGGAGGCGGAACUGAAGGAAAGGAUGGAGGCAUUUGAGCUCACUCAGAAACUUCAGGAAGAGAAAAAUAAAGCUAUCGAUGAUGCACUUCGGCGUCGAGAGGUUGCUGUGAAGAACAUAGAGGAAACAUAUGACCAGAGGCUGAAGACAGAACUCUUAAAAUAUCAGCUUGAAUUAAAAGAAGAAUACAUAGCCAGAACCAAUAAAGUUACUGAAGAUGAGAAAAAAAAUAAAGAGAAAGCCAUGCUUUUGCAUGAAGAAACCAUUGCUGUUAAUUCGAAAAAGGAGGAACUCAAACAAGCUGUAUCACGCACGAAAGAGCUUGAGCUGGAUUUGGAGUCAGUGAAGGCUCAGGUUCUGUUGGCAAAUAAACAGAAUCAGUUGUUGACAGAGAAACUGAAAGAGUUAUCAGACUAUCCUUUGCUAAAGGAAGAGAAAUUGGAGCUCCAAGUGCAGAAUAAACUACUUAGGCAACAGUUGGAUGAGGCUCGCAGUGAAAACCAGCAUCUCCGAGACAAGCUGUCCCAGCCCUCAGCAGAGUACCUGGCCUGCCAAGUGGAACUGAGGAGAGUGGAGCACUCUAGGAAGCUGGUGCUGGAUGAAUUUGAGAGUCGUAAGCAGAUUUUGGAAAAGCAGUUACAAAGUAAGGUUGAGCGUUGUGCCCAGCUAGAGACCCAACUCUUAGAGUCCGAAGCUACUGUCAGAAAAUUAAACAUGCAGGUUGAAGAACUGAAACUGCAAGUGAAACAAACACAGGCAGCUCUGGAAAACGAAGUGUAUCGGAACCCAAAACCUUCGCUUGUCGAUCGCUCUGUCCUUGACUUCACCAGUGACAGAGCUGUACCCCAUGAUAUUUACGUGGAUAGUGCAUUCCUGAAGAAUCGUGUUAUGACUGAUGUGAUGCAGGUAAAUGCUGUGCCAAGAGACAGCCAGCAGUUACAGCCACGCAGUGCUUCCCCGGAUUCUGACCUGGAGUACAUCGCGCAGACCUGGGCUAGAGUAAAAGAGCUAUCAAAAGAGGCAGAGUACUUGGAAGAAGCUUACAGGAAUUACCAACACAGAGUCAUACAGAAUGCAGCUGCAAGCAGAACACCAAGAAAGAUGGAGUCUCCUUUAAUUCUACAGCAUGCUCUUAGUGGACUCCCUUUGACUACCCAGCAUGAACUUGUAGAGGAUAAUCCCAGCUUCCCACAUUCCCUUCUGAGCAGUCCAAGAGGCGAAGAACACAUCAAAAGAACUGGGCAGGCCGAUAUCUUUAAAAAUCCCUUAACACCACCACAGAGAGGAGCAUCAUUGUCAAGACGCCUUUCUUCUACUCCCAUUUCCAAAUCCAUGAGAGAUCUCAGUAACAAGAAAAUUCCAGAUGACAUCAAGAGCUCAUCCCUUACCUCUUCACAGCGGAGUGUUGACCAAGUGCUUUCUCCUAUUUCAAAGCCAUAUCUGCUUUCAUCUUCUGAGUCUGUUCCUUCCUCACCAUCCAGUCAUGCCCAGAAAAUCAGACCUUGUUCAUGUGCCUGUUUUCAAAAUAGGAUCCUCCAGUCCCCCUUUGUGGGAAUGGGACUUCAGAGUCAACAAACAGAUAAACAAGAUCUCAGUGAUAUCCACAAACCUAAGAAACUAACGUACGAUGACCUUGAAGAACACAUUUAUUCUCUUGAAGAUCAGGGGGACGUGCCAGAGGAGUGUGAAAGUGAUGUGUUGCUUCCAUCUGGGGACAUCGUUAAUGGAAACUGUGUCACAGCUCCUGUGCCAGCAACAGCCACUUCACUUCAGGAUUUAAAGAUGCUGGAUCAAAGACAGAUUGAAGAACAGAACAGAGAAGUUGAGGAAAACUUAGAAGAAAGGAAAGCAAGAGAAGAAAGGAGAGAGAGAGAACAACAGGAAGCUUUGGAAAGCGAGCAAGAAGAAGUGGAAAAGCUUAACAAAGAGAUGUAUAUCCAGGACUCGAUGACAAUAGAUGAAGAAAAAGAAGAUAAGGAGGGAGUAAAAUCUGUGAAUAGCAAUUCUGGUGCUGAAGAUCAUGUAAAGGAUCCUCCUUCAAAUCCAUUAGAAAAAUACAUGAGAAUAAUUCAGCAAAGCAGAGAGCAGGAUCUCUCAAACAAGGAUUCAAAAAAAGAAGAAAUAGGAGAAGUAUCACAUUCAGAGGGACUUCUAUCUAGUGAAAAGGAUGACAGCGUUGCAGACAUUUCUCAUGGAGACAUGGAUGAAAGCUUCUGGUGAACAAUAGCUUCUGAUUUUUUAAUUUUAAUUAUUAUGAUAAGAAAGAUGUUGUUGACGCAGCUUUCUGCCUGUAAAAAGUUGUAAUAAAUGUUAAGCACUAACAUUGCAGGCUGUGUAAUUAUAAAUUAAUAAAGCUGAUUUUGAGCCGUC